CGGCCCCGUGCGGUGCCGCCGGGUGCCGCCCGGCCCCCGCGGCGGCCGCUCCCGCCGAUGCCAUGCUAAAGACAGAGGUGUCCGCAUCCUACCAGGAGAAAUUCCAGCAAUUGCAAGUUGAGAGCAUGUUUGGAAAUUGAACCACUCUUUUAACUACACAGCUGAGUGAAGAUGUGGAGCGAGUAUCUGAAAACCCAACAGAUGAGAGAGAAGGAGAGAUGGAAGUUCAUGAAGAUGCCAGCUCUGUUAUUUUACCAGAUGGUGAACUGGGUACCACUACCCCUUCUUUGCGUUUCAGCAAGACCUGCUUAAAGAAUGUUUUUUCAGUAAUUCUCCUCUUUAUGUAUCUGCUGCUCAUGGCUGUAGCUGUGUUCCUUGUCUACCAAACCAUCAGUGACUUCAGGGAGAAGCUCAAGCACCCAGUGAUGUCUGUCACUUACAAGGAAGUGUCCUUGUAUGAUGCGCCUGGUAUUGCCUUUUACCCAGGGAAGGCUCGGCUGCUUAGCUGCAAACAUCAUUACUACGAUCACAUUCCUCCUCUGAUAAAUCCAGGUCAGCCAGGACACAUUGAAUGCACCACUCAGAGAAUCAACUACACAGAUCCUUUCACUAAUCAAACUAUGAAGUAUGCUUUGGUUGUUCAAGGCCCUCGUGAUGUGAAGAAAAAGGAACUGGUGUUUUUGCAGUUUCAUUUAAAUGAAACAGACCAAGAUUUUAGUGCCAUUGACUACCUUCUGUUUUCUUCUUUCCAGGAGUUUGUCAACAGUGCAGAAAAAGAAAAAUUCAUGAAGGACUGUGAAAGUUCAUACUCCAGCUGGAAGUUUUCUGGAGGCUUUCGAACUUGGGUCAAGAUGUCCUUGGUCAAAACAAAAGAAGAAGAUGGUAGUGAGACUGUUGAAUUCAAACAAGAGACUAGCGUGGUUAACUAUAUUGACCAGAGAACUAAACCAGGAAGUGACCAGCUGUUUUUUGUGGUAUUUGAGUGGAAAGAUCCUUUCAUACAGACUGUUCAGGAUAUUAUCACAGCAAAUCCCUGGAACAUGAUUGCUCUUCUUUGUGGUAUCUUUUUGGCUCUGUUUAAGGCCGCAGACUUUGCUAAGUUAAGUGUUAAGUGGAUGAUCAAAAUCCGAAAACGACAUCUGAAGAGGAGUCGUCAAGUAAUGAACCAUAUAAGCUGAGACUAAGGCUGCUUUUUAACUGUUCAUAGCAGAAGGGAUAAAAAAUAACUGGAAUAAACUUCAAUCAGCAAUUAAAGCUGAAAACCAGGUAUGUUUUCUGCCAGAAAGAUGAUGGCUGGAGGAACAGCCGAGUGAACCAGCCUUUGAACUUCAGAAAGGAGCUAACUCUAGGACAGGUCUAACAAACUCAUGCUUUUCUAUUCCCAAUUUAACAAGUUUACCUCAAUGUAUGGGGAAGCCAGGGGGAAAGAAGAGAAGUCACCAAUGUUCAGAAAUUCAACACUGUAGUAAAUGGUAAAAAGUGGACAGAGUUUCAGCACUUCUCAAACAGACCAUUUAACUUCUGCAUGAGCUGUGAGCUGCACCUGCUACCACAGCACAGUCACUGCCCUGACUGUGCUUAGAAGAAGGUAAAGUACUCUAAAAACAGCCUGGCCUCCCUUCUCCAAAGUAUGUUUUAAAACAAAACACACUGGAAUUCUAUUACAUGUCAUUUUUGAUUUAAAGUAUAGUGACUUUAAUAUUAAAAAAAUAUUUCCAAUAA